GAGAGAAAGUGGGAGAUGAAAGCUAUGCGUGGCCCCGCAAGGAUGAGCUCGGCGCGCCACAGCUGACGGACUGAUCGCCCGGGUCCGCGAACCUACGAAAACUGGCCGAUACAGUCAGAGGUGAGAUGAAGGUCACUGCAAGUUUCUUGUGGGUCCUGUUGAUUGGCCUGCUGCUGGGAGGGAGGUCUGGUCAUGCCCAGGAUAAGGACCAGGUGGAGCCUGAGAGCCCUGUGACAGACGUUCAAGCACCAGAUGACAGACAGCCCUGCGCCCAGUGGAUGGGAGGCGUCCCAGGAACCCCUGGACACAGUGGUUACCCCGGAAGGGAUGGCAGGGAUGGGCAUGAUGGUCCAAAGGGUGACAAAGGAGAUCCAGGUGAGCCAGGUGAGAAAGGAGACCCAGGCGAGAAAGGAGCAAAUGGACCUGUAGGGCUCCGUGGGUUUCCUGGUACCCCUGGUUUGAAGGGUGAGCGGGGAGAGAGUGCCCUCAUGUACCACUCUUCCUUUAGUGUGGGCCUCACUGACCCAGUCCACACCACCAACGUACCCAUCCGCUUCACCAAGUUCUUUCACAACGAGCAACGCCAUUACGACGAUGUUAGCGGAAAGUUCCGCUGCGCUCUGCCCGGUGUCUACUUCUUCACCUACCAUCUCACCAUUUACCCUAGGGAUGCCAGGGUGAGCCUGUACAAGAAUGACAGAACCGUCAUGUUCACUUAUGACCAGUUCAAACAAAACAACCUGGACCAGGCAUCGGGCUCCAUCAUCCUCCAUCUAGAAACAGGCGAUGAGGUCUGGCUGCAAGUAUAUGGGGAGGAAGAAUUCGGAGGGGUUUAUGCCGACAACAUCAACGACUCCACCUUCUCUGGUUUCCUCCUCUACCCUGAUAUCCCAACAGCAGACCGAAGACGUUAGGUGGAGUCAGUAGUCGAGCAGCAGUCCGCAAAGGACCCCUCUGCAAAAGAGAAGGCUUAUCUGCAUUCUCCAUGACUUUCAUCCAAGCAGCUCUGGAUAGAAGUUUUAUUCCAUUCUUCCAUUCUGCCCUGCCUGUAUUUCACCUAUUGCUUGUUAUUCAGCCUUACAUAUGCCUUGUUUCUCACUGAGUACUAAUACAAAUAUUAUGAUUUAUACUUGGAUAAUUUAACCCCCUUUAAACUUCCUGAAGGAAGCCCCUUCUCUGCUUAUUAUUGUGAUGCUUUCAAGAAUAAAAAAAAUAAGAUUAACUCUCAAGACCAAUCAGUUUUCAGCUAAGACAGGCAUUUUAUUUUAUAAUCCCCUCUAAAAUGGAUCCAAAGGCCAAACAUAUCUUUUAUAUAAUUUCUCGAUAUCACAUGGAAAGAAAUACAAACAUGGAAGGUGGUGCAACAUGAAAAUAAGCAAAUUUUUGGAGCAAUCAACAAUAAUUUUUGUGUGUAAUGUAUAAGAGACCAAACUUUCCAUUUGAGAAAUGUCACUUCCCAGUCAGCUCCUAGCUGUUUUCCAUGCUCCAUUUGCUGUCCUAUGCAAUCCAUUUUAAUAAUGUAUUUUUGUUUGUUGACAAUCGAGGUGACAGAAGAGCAGGCUGCCUGAUCACACUGUUGCAGUUACAUGUAUUGGGUUGGGAUGCAUUAGAUGAGUUACACAGAGGAAGCAAUUGUCUUUAUGCGAAGUGCAGUGCUCCUAAACCACUGGACAAAGACUCUCAG